AUGGACAGCAGUGGAUUAGCUAUUGGUUGGAUAGAAAGUUAACUUAACUUAUUAGGAAUAUAGAGUUAUUAUGCUUAUAUAUAAUGGUUUGAUAGAUAGUUGAAUCAAUAAGCAACUAAGAGAAUAGCUAUAAACUCAUACGUUACAAUUAAGAGUUUAUAUCUUACUUAUUUUCCUAAUUCAUAUAUAUAAUUAACCUACAUUUAAAUUGAAAAGGGGGAGUAAUAAAGAAUAAGAGUAUUUUUUGCUUCGUUAUCCUUUUUAAUGUAUGGAUCAUCUCAAGAAAUGGUGACAUCUCCGUUAAAUAUAUUAAGUUAGUAUUAAUCAAAUACAAAAUUAUUAACUUAUGUAGAUACAAGAAAUUAAAUGUCAUAUGUUGUAUUCUAAGGAGUAAUGAAUAAUGUGAAUUAUAUAUUCUUUAUUCAAAGUAAAGGAUCAUACCUAUAUCAAGAUAAUUGUGAAACAAAUUGCUUUUAUUGUAAUAAUAAGAAUAUAUGCGUAAUUUGCAAAUAAGGUUAUACAUUACAGAGUAAUAAAUGCAACUUAAAAUUACCAGAUUAUUGUUCUAGUGGAAAUAAUGGAAGAUGUUCUUAAUGUGCUUUAGGUUACUCUGUCACAUCAGAUUAUAAAUGUUAGAUUAGCGAUUCAAAAUAUUAAGAGAUUAAAAUGAGUGUCUAUCCAGCUUCAAGUAGAUAAAGAAUUUCUACAUUAUCUAAUGGAGAUUAUGUUGUUGUAUGGUCAACUCAAUUUUAUCAAAAUGAAGGAACAGGAAUUUACAUGUCAUUGUACAAUUCUCAAGGAGUGUUAUUGAAAGAAUAAAUGAGAAUAUCUGAAUCAUCAGCAGGAAUUCAAUAAUAUCCUGAUGUUUAAGUAAUGAGCAAUGAUUAAAUAGUCGUUGUUUGGAUAGAUGGUAAUAUUUUAGUAAAUGCUCAUAUCAAGAUGUUAAGAUUUGAUAAAGAUUUCUUAAGAAUUGGAAGUGAAACUAUCAUAUAAUCAGAUAUUCAUCUUUAUUAUGCCUAAUCGUAUGAUACUCCAGUAAUCAUUUAAUCAAUUAUUAAUGGGUUUGUUAUAGUAUGGGCAGAAUAAGGAAAUCAGAAAUAAAUAUCAUUAAUUGCUAAAUUCUUUGACAAUAAUAAUAAUUUGCUUAAUACUUAAGUUAUCACUGAAAAUGAAUAAAUAAUAAAUGAACCUGUUGUUGCAUCAUCUUAAUCUAUUAUUGUGAUAUCUUGGUAAACAAAUAAAGGUGUUUUCGCUAGUUCAUAUAGUGUAAAUCAAGUGUUGAUAGAUAAAGUAUAAUUAUCAACAACAGGAGAAGCUCCUGCAAUCACAUCUUCAGAUACAUUCAUAAUUAUUGUUUGGAAAGAAUAUGUCAUUGAUGAGAAUGAUUUUAUGAGUUAGAAAAUCAGAUUCAGAAAAAUCUCAACAGAUUUAAAUCAAUAUCAAAUUUAGAGUCAUUUUGGUGUUUAUUAAGAAAAUCUAGAUAAUCCUGAUGUGAUAUCAAUUGAUAAUGGAUUUGCCAUUAUUGCUGAAAGCGCAUCUGUAUUAAAUGAUAAAGUCAGAACUAUCUAAAUGUAAUUGUUUAAUUUAGAUGGCUCAACAAAAUCGCAACCAGUGAUUAUUUAUUCUGUUUCAAACCUAUACCCACAUCAUCCCUAAUUAGCAAGCUAACCAUAGGGUAAUUUCAUAGCUUCAUGGACAGUCAGUAGUCUAAUAUCAUAAAUUUUAAGUGAUGAUGUCUAUAUGAAAAGAUAUAAGAGUGAUGGCACCUAAUUAGCAUUAAAUACAAUCGUUUGCUAAAACAAUUGCUAGACUUGUUCAACUAGUAAUGUUUGCUAAAGUUGUAAAUCAAAUUAUGUUCUAUUAUCUAAUUCAUGCUAUUUAGAAAUUAAUAAUUGUGAAACAUAUUUAAUUGAAAAUUCAACUCUAACUUGUAGUCAAUGUUCAAAUGGCUUUGAAUUGAUUAAAAAUAAUUGCUAUUAGAUGAAUACAGUUUCUAAUGAAUAGACAAUAGAAUUUGUAAAUGAUAAAGCUUUUCUAAAUAUUUUUAAAGUGUUAACUUUUUCAAAUGGCGAUCUUUUAUAUUUUUGGAUGGGAGAAUAUAAAAUAAUAACUCAAAGAUUUGAUAAGUUUGGUAAAAGAUAUUCCAAUCCUAAAGUAUUAUAAACAACAACUUCCUGUACAGAUUGCAGAUAUUACUUUGAUGUAUUAGCAUUGUACUUAAAGGAGGAUCUAUUUGUAAUUUCCUUUAAAGCUUUCUAAAAUUAGUAUGACUUUUAGGUAACAUAUAUAAAUAUUUUUGAUAUGAAUGAGAAAUGCAUAUCAAGUAAUGCAAUUUCCUCUAACACAGGGAAUUCUAAUUCUCUUAUAAUUUAAAAGUACUCANUCAUCUCAAGAAAUGGUGACAUCUCCGUUAAAUAUAUUAAGUUAGUAUUAAUCAAAUACAAAAUUAUUAACUUAUGUAGAUACAAGAAAUUAAAUGUCAUAUGUUGUAUUCUAAGGAGUAAUGAAUAAUGUGAAUUAUAUAUUCUUUAUUCAAAGUAAAGGAUCAUACCUAUAUCAAGAUAAUUGUGAAACAAAUUGCUUUUAUUGUAAUAAUAAGAAUAUAUGCGUAAUUUGCAAAUAAGGUUAUACAUUACAGAGUAAUAAAUGCAACUUAAAAUUACCAGAUUAUUGUUCUAGUGGAAAUAAUGGAAGAUGUUCUUAAUGUGCUUUAGGUUACUCUGUCACAUCAGAUUAUAAAUGUUAGAUUAGCGAUUCAAAAUAUUAAGAGAUUAAAAUGAGUGUCUAUCCAGCUUCAAGUAGAUAAAGAAUUUCUACAUUAUCUAAUGGAGAUUAUGUUGUUGUAUGGUCAACUCAAUUUUAUCAAAAUGAAGGAACAGGAAUUUACAUGUCAUUGUACAAUUCUCAAGGAGUGUUAUUGAAAGAAUAAAUGAGAAUAUCUGAAUCAUCAGCAGGAAUUCAAUAAUAUCCUGAUGUUUAAGUAAUGAGCAAUGAUUAAAUAGUCGUUGUUUGGAUAGAUGGUAAUAUUUUAGUAAAUGCUCAUAUCAAGAUGUUAAGAUUUGAUAAAGAUUUCUUAAGAAUUGGAAGUGAAACUAUCAUAUAAUCAGAUAUUCAUCUUUAUUAUGCCUAAUCGUAUGAUACUCCAGUAAUCAUUUAAUCAAUUAUUAAUGGGUUUGUUAUAGUAUGGGCAGAAUAAGGAAAUCAGAAAUAAAUAUCAUUAAUUGCUAAAUUCUUUGACAAUAAUAAUAAUUUGCUUAAUACUUAAGUUAUCACUGAAAAUGAAUAAAUAAUAAAUGAACCUGUUGUUGCAUCAUCUUAAUCUAUUAUUGUGAUAUCUUGGUAAACAAAUAAAGGUGUUUUCGCUAGUUCAUAUAGUGUAAAUCAAGUGUUGAUAGAUAAAGUAUAAUUAUCAACAACAGGAGAAGCUCCUGCAAUCACAUCUUCAGAUACAUUCAUAAUUAUUGUUUGGAAAGAAUAUGUCAUUGAUGAGAAUGAUUUUAUGAGUUAGAAAAUCAGAUUCAGAAAAAUCUCAACAGAUUUAAAUCAAUAUCAAAUUUAGAGUCAUUUUGGUGUUUAUUAAGAAAAUCUAGAUAAUCCUGAUGUGAUAUCAAUUGAUAAUGGAUUUGCCAUUAUUGCUGAAAGCGCAUCUGUAUUAAAUGAUAAAGUCAGAACUAUCUAAAUGUAAUUGUUUAAUUUAGAUGGCUCAACAAAAUCGCAACCAGUGAUUAUUUAUUCUGUUUCAAACCUAUACCCACAUCAUCCCUAAUUAGCAAGCUAACCAUAGGGUAAUUUCAUAGCUUCAUGGACAGUCAGUAGUCUAAUAUCAUAAAUUUUAAGUGAUGAUGUCUAUAUGAAAAGAUAUAAGAGUGAUGGCACCUAAUUAGCAUUAAAUACAAUCGUUUGCUAAAACAAUUGCUAGACUUGUUCAACUAGUAAUGUUUGCUAAAGUUGUAAAUCAAAUUAUGUUCUAUUAUCUAAUUCAUGCUAUUUAAAAAUUAAUAAUUGUGAAACACAUUUAAUUGAAAAUUCAACUCUAACUUGUAGUCAAUGUUCAAAUGGCUUUGAAUUGAAUAAAAAUAAUUGCUAUUAGAUGAAUACAGUUUCUAAUGAAUAGACAAUAGAAUUUGUAAAUGAUAAAGCUUUUCUAAAUAUUUUUAAAGUGUUAACUUUUUCAAAUGGCGAUCUUUUAUAUUUUUGGAUGGGAGAAUAUAAAAUAAUAACUCAAAGAUUUGAUAAGUUUGGUAAAAGAUAUUCCAAUCCUAAAGUAUUAUAAACAACAACUUCCUGUACAGAUUGCAGAUAUUACUUUGAUGUAUUAUCAUUGUACUUAAAGGAGGAUCUAUUUGUAAUUUCCUUUAAAGCUUUCUAAAAUUAGGAUGACUUUUAGGUAACAUAUAUAAAUAUUUUUGAUAUGAAUGAGAAAUGUAUAUCAAGUAAUGCAAUUUCGUCUUAAACAGGCAAUGAUAAUUCUCUUAUAAUUUAAAAGUACUCAGACAACUUAGUUAAAUUAGUAUUAUUGGAAGAUAUGAAAUUAGGAGUGAUAUAAAUGGUGAUGAUAUAGGACGUUCCAAUUUUAUAGUUAGUUAUUCUUCCAUUAUUUUUGGAUAGUAUAUUCAAGAUUAAUUUCUCACCUACUUAAACGAUUUAAUUACUAACUUAUUCUUAAUUUAAGAACUCUGAAUAUGUUGAAAUCCAAUUAAUUGAUACUGAAAUUAAGAUCUUCAAUAAGAAUAAUUUUUAUAAUAGUUAUUUAUUGAGCAGUUUUGACAGCUUUGGGGUGAUGCUAAAUUAAAAUACAGUCAAGAAAUCCCAAAAUCAAAUAGAGUUUAAAAUUAUUUCAUUAAAUUCAAAGAGUGAUUUAAUUGUUUGGACAACAAUAGAAUCAUCUAAAUAUGAAGUUUUCUUUUAAAUUACACAAAAAGAUGGAAUAACAUAAACUAGUCCUUGGAAAAUCUCAACUGGAAGUUAGAUUUAUAAACUAGAUUUAUAACUUCACGUACUUUCGGAUUCAAUAUUGAUAACUUGGAGAGAAGGUUCAGAGUUUUCAGAUAUGAAUUUGAAUACCGCCUAUAAAGGAGUGAUUAUAUCGAAAAAGCUUUAAUUUAUGAUUGGGGAAACCAUUGAAAUUAAAUAAGAUAAUGCUUACACUAAAUCAUUGGGUAGACUUGAUGUAGUUGAAUUACCAAAUCAUGAUAUUUUAGAAUAAAAUCUAUAAUGUAAUUGUCUAUAAAUUAGUAUUAUGUUUUACAACAUUUUGGCGGACACCUAAAUGAUAAUCUCUUAUAGAUUCAACGAAUUAGGCAGUAAAAUAUAUUUAUCGUAGUAGAGGUGCGGCUAUGGUUGUCAAGAGUGUAACUUUUUAGGAUUUUGUUUCAAAUGUACAAACCCUGAUUUAUUUAUUUUAUAAAUUGAUGGAAAAUGUGUUAAAAAACCUGAAAAUUGUGUUAAUUUCAAACCCUAUUGUCAGGAUUGUCUUGAUGGUUAUUAUAAAACCUAAUAAUAUCUUACCUGUGAGAAAAUUGAUCAACAAAUUGAAAAAGCCAUUUCUUUAGAUUAUGAAAGCUAUUAUAGCUACAACUAUAUAUAUUAGAUUGCUACAUACUCAAAUGGCAAUUUUGUAGUUGUGGGUUUUAAAGAGGAAAAGGUUAUUGAACUAAAUUAUUUUUUAAGUGAUGGUACUGUUUAGUUUCAAAAACUCAAAAUCAUAAGCCUUACAAAUAUUUAUAGGAUUAAUGAUAUAUCCAUAAUUAUUGAUGAGAAUAACUUACUUACAAUAUUUUAUUCUGUAUUACCCUUGACAUAUUCAGAUAAGAAUAUGUAUUACUAUUAAUAGUUUGAUUAAACAUUUAAUAAACUGACAGAAGCCAUCUUAUUGUAUUCUGGAUUAUAAUAUUAUGAAACAACAUCCAUCAAAGCCAAGAUUCUUAAUAGCGGAUAAUUAGCAAUAUUAAUUAAGAGUAGGUUUGAUAUCUACCUAUAAAUACUGAAAUUAAACUUUGAAUUUGUUGCUGAUAUCAAAUUACCUUUUAGUGAUAACUUCGAUUUGACAUCUAAUGGAGAAUAAAUUGCUUUUGCUUACAUUAAAGAUACAAUUAGCAUUCUUAAUAUCUUUGAUUUGGAAUUAAAAUUAAUUUAACAUCAAAUUAUUAAUGAUGGAGGAUUAAUUAAAUUGGCAUCUAAUGCACUUAAAUAAUUCAUUAUAGUUACUAACUAUUAAAUCAAUAUCUUUGCUUAAGGAUUGAUCAGCCAAUCUUUUAAUAUAAAUGGAUCAAGCUUAUAUCCAAUCAACAUAGCAAUAAGUGAUAUAAAUGAAAUUGUCAUACUAUCGUUCUAUUAGAAAUCCAAGUCUUAUCUUUUAUAUUAUUAUUCAAUGUAAGGGCUACUUAAAACUACUGUUUAAGUUAACAUGAAUUAUACUGAAAUACCUACACAAAAUAGUUGGUUGGCUAAGUUAUAGAAUAAUAAUUUUAUUGUAUUCUUUCACGCCGGAAAUAUAAACUAUAAUUGGAAGAUAAAUUUUGCAAGAUUUGAUUAGUUGGGAGUUACAAGGCCUGUAAAUGAAAAAAUUUGUCCACAAGGUUGUAUUACCUGCGAAACAUCUAUUGCAUGUGAUAUUUGUAGUUUUGGCUUCCAAAAGAAUAAUUAGACUUUACUUUGUGAAAAAUUAUGUCUCUAAGUUGAAUGCAGCAAAUGUAAAUUUAGUGAAUGCGACUAAUGCUCAGAUGGAUUCUAAUUUAAUGAAUUUGGAUAAUGUGAAAGAAAUCAACAAUCUAACGACCCUAAAGACACUUAUAAUCCAAAUUAUGAAGAAGAAGUGAAAGAUCCGAAUAGCCCAGCAUCACCUAUAGAUCCUAAAGACCCUAUUGAUGUUAAGGAUCCUAUAGACCCUACAGAUCCAACUGAUCCAAAAGACCCUACAGAUCCAACUGAUCCAACUGAUCCUAAAGANAAAACCUGUGUAAUGUAUUAAUUUCAAAACCAAUUGUCAGGAUUGUCUUGAUGGCUAUUACAAAACCUAAUAUCUUACUUGCGAAAAAAUUAAUCAGCAAGUUGAAAAAACCAUUCUCUUUGAUUAUGAAAAAUAUAAUUAUUUCUAUUAGAUUGCUUCAUACUCAAAUGGUAAUUUCGUUAUUGUAAGUUCUAAAAACCAUUCAUUUAUUGAACUAAAUUUUUAUCAAAGUGAUGGAACUUAAAAGGUACAAAAACUCUAAACCAUAGGCCUUACAAAUAUUUAUAGUAUUAAUGAUAUAUCCAUAAUUAUUGAUGAGAAUAACUUACUUACAAUAUUUUAUUCUGUAUUACCCUUGACAUAUUCAGAUAAGAAUAUGUAUUACUAUUAAUAGUUUGAUUAAACAUUUAAUGAACUGACAGAAGCCAUCUUAUUGUAUUCUGGAUUAUAAUCGCAUGAAACAACAUCUAUCAAAGCCAAGAUUCUUAAUAGCGGAUAAUUAGCAAUAUUAAUUAAGAGUAGGUUUGAUAUCUACCUAUAAAUACUGAAAUUAAACUUUGAAUUUGUUGCUGAUAUCAAAUUACCUUUUAGUGAUAACUUCGAUUUGACAUCUAAUGGAGAAUAAAUUGCUUUUGCUUACAUUAAAGAUACAAUUAGCAUUCUUAAUAUCUUUGAUUUGGAAUUAAAAUUAAUUUAACAUCAAAUUAUUAAUGAUGGAGGAUUAAUUAAAUUGGCAUCUAAUGCACUUAAAUAAUUCAUUAUAGUUACUAACUAUUAAAUCAAUAUCUUUGCUUAAGGAUUGAUCAGCCAAUCUUUUAAUAUAAAUGGAUCAAGCUUAUAUCCAAUCAACAUAGCAAUAAGUGAUAUAAAUGAAAUUGUCAUACUAUCGUUCUAUUAGAAAUCCAAGUCUUAUCUUCUAUAUUAUUUUUCAAUGUAAGGACUACUUAAAAACACUGUUUAAGUUAAUAUGAAUUAUACUGAAAUACCUACACAAAAUAGUUGGUUGGCUAAGUUAAACAGCUAAAACAAAAAACAAUUUAACUUGAAAUACAAAUUCUCAUAUUUUUAAUCCCAAAAUAUUAAAAUGAUUGAACAAGGGUUUACUUUUUAACUAUCUCACUCAUCUUAUUAUUGCCUGAACGAAAAUACGGAUUUUAUUUUGCCAAAUAAGUUUUUAUUGUUAUUUCAUCAAUCUUCAAAUUUUCAAGAAUCAACGUCUAGGGUUUUGAUUAAAUUGAUUUUCUCUUAAAUUUUAACUAAAAAAUGUAUUUUAUUUAUGGAAGUCUUUUAGAAGGCCUCAUUUGAAUUUGGAAAAUAAUAAAUUGUUAAAAUUGAUUGAAGAAUUUGAUGGCGAUUAACUCUUUUAUGGAAAAUAAGUCUAUCCUAAAGCUAAGAAAAGUUAAAUCAAGAAUAUUUCCUAUGCAAUUGUUAAGGCAGCCUCUUAUUUUUCAAUGAAAUGGGAAAUGGACAUUUAAAUAAUUAGUAUUUUAUAUUUCAGGAUUAUCAGGUGAACUAAAAAGAGAUAAAUUUUAAAGCAAAAGGUAAAACAGAACGAUUUAUAAUUCUUAGAGAAAUCAGAAGACAAUGCAAUUCGUUCUCAUAAUCUAUUAGUGUUAUCAACUCAGCUUCUAACCUUAUUUGUUUAACAUGCCUCAAUUUAAAUAUUUAAUUAAGUAAAAAAAUUAAUUUAAAAAUUAACUGUAAAACAAUAAUUUUAUUGUAUUUUUUCAUGCAGGAAGCAUGCUUUAUAAUUGGAAAUUAAAUUUUGCAAGAUUUGAUUAGUUAGGGUUUUCAAGAUCAGUAAGUGAAAUUAUUUGCCCGGAAGGUUGUGCAUCAUGUGAAACAUCAUCUGCAUGUGAUAUUUGUAGUUUUGGCUUCAGAAAAAAUCUUGAGACUUUACUUUGUGAAAAAGUAUGUUUCUAAUUUUAAUGCAACACAUGCAAAUUUAGUGACUGCGACUCAUGCUUGAAUGGAUUCUAAUUUAAUGAAUUAGGAUAAUGUGUAAUAAUUGAACAAUCUAGUGGUCCUAAAGAUGCUUAUGAUCCAAAUUAUUCAGAAGAAGUGAAAGAUCCAGAUAGCCCAGCAGAUCCCAUCGAUCCCAUUGACCCUAUUGAUGUCACAGACCCAACAGAUCCAACUGAUCCAACAGACCCUACAGAUCCAACAGACCCAACAGACCCAACAGAUCCAAAAGACCCUACAGAUCCAACUGAUCCUACUGAUCCAACUGAUCCAAAAGACCCUACAGAUCCAACUGAUCCUACUGAUCCAAAAGACCCUACAGAUCCAACAGAUCCAACUGAUCCUAAUAGUCCUAUUAAUAUUGGAACUAUUGAGCAUCCUGUUGGAGAUAAAUAUAAUUUACAAAUGCAGAAUAAGCUAAUUAAUUUUGUAGAUAAUAGAUAUGCUAUAAUUUAUAUUUGUAAUAGCAUGUUUAGCGCCAGAUUAUUUAAUAAAGAUGGAUUAGAAAUUUAGAGCAUAAGCCUAACAGUUGAAAUUGUGUUUACUUUAGAUACAAUCUUAUUUUAGGAUCAAAUUAUUUUAGCAUUUGUUUUUGUAAACAGACCAAACUAAUAUCAAAUUUUUUCAAUCGAUAAUAGUUUCUAAACUUUAAAUUAUAAAUUAGAGAUAAAUACGGAUUUUAUUAUUCAUAGUAUUUAGCUUCAGCCAAUGACUCAAAAUUUUGUAAUUUUAAUCUCAAAUGAUAAAUAAGUUGAAAUUGACUAAACUUUUAUUAGUUGUCAGUCUCAAACGUUAACAAUUUUUGAUUUUGGUUUUUCAUAAACAGCUAACAAAGUAGAUUUCAAUUAUCCUGAUGGAAUUAUUUAGAAUACUUGUAAUUAAAACAAAGUAUCUGAAAUUAAAAUUGUUGACAAUAUCAUAUACACAUUAUCAAUAAGUUAAACAGGAGGGCAAUUAAUAUCUUUAGAUUCUUUUGGAAUAUUAAAUAACCAAUUAGACCAUAACUUCAUUAUAAGUAUUAUAUUACUUAAUUAUGAUGGCAAAUGA